CUCUGUAUGGGCUGGCCCUUGAAGGCUUCUGAUAUGGAAGGAUGAAGCCUGAGAAUGAGCCUGAAGAUGAAGAAAGCUUAUGGGAAUAUGUCAACAAAUCUUCCUCUGUUUCCUGGAGAACACUUUCUGCUUUUGUUUAAGCACCCAAAGUGACAAGGUUUAAGCAGGUCAACAUCCUUGCUUUUUGUGCGCAGUCUUAUCCUGCCAGCACUUGAUGUGUUUAUAUGCACAUUCUUCUUGGAAGGCUGGGGACACUUUGUUCUGACUGAGAAGUGAUGUGGAGGGAUGCCAUGCUCAAAGCCUGUUUUCAUAUCUCCUAUCAACAUAGAAAUGGUGUGACUGCUGGAAUCUUCUGACACCAACAUACAGUUCAGAGCAGUGGCUCACAUGACCACCAUACAAAAGGGAAUCCAACAGCUCUUCAUUGCUGGACUCAUGCCUCAUAGUCUGAUUUAGGAGAAGCGUGGCUUCUGCAGGGGGAUUAGGCUGUGCAAUUGCAAAGGAGUGGAAGCCAAAGUUCUGACUUAUGGUGUUAGGAAUCUAUUAAAAUGAGUGAGUAGACUUGAUGAGGAUGGUAAUGCACUGAAUGGUUUUAUUGCUGAAGUGAAUUUAAUCCUUUUAGCCUUUUUGCAGAAAUUACAAAGCUUGACAGGGUUAUUAGUGAAGUAUUAAUGAAAUCCACCCAGCUAUGCAGAUGUCUGCAAAGUAUAGCACACAAAACAGAGUUCAUUUUUGAAGUUAUCAGGAGGGUAGUGCUGUGAAAGAGAAGCUAAAUGGGCAGUGGCAAACAAAAUUAAAGACUGUAGCUUAGAGACAGACAACCUCUCACUUCACUACAUCUAGCAGAUUUUUGACCAUCACUUCCCAUAUGAGUAAGUCUGGCCUAUCAAGUGGGAUGAUAAAAAGAGAUGGAUGCUAGAUAGAGUCAUUUUAAUUACCUGGAUUUGUUCCACUGAAAUGUGGUUGCCAGGAUAUUGUUGCCUGAGUUAUAUAGAAGACAUGCAGAUGCUAUAUUCUUGCUUGUACAGAGGAUGAAAACAUUUUUGCAAAGUUUUCCCAUUUGAACAUUUCUCAUGCAAUUGCAAAAUCCUGUUUAAUAGUCAUAGCUGAGGUGUUGCAUUACCUCUGCUCCUCAACUUGAACAGAGAAGUUACUCUGGAUGCGAAGAAUCCAUCUGAUAUGAAAGAAACAAGAGGGACCUCAGCAAGGUGCACAAGGCUCGUGUAUACUGAAAUUGUAGAUCUUCACCCACGUCCAUUCUGCCUGUGACAUGCACCGCCGGGGAGUGCAGUGAGCAUUCAUGAGGACACUGCUGAGGACAGCUCCCUGACUCCUGGGCAGGUGUCACACCUGCAGAUCACGAGGCCUCGCAGAGCUUAUGCCUUCAGGCUAACUUGAAACAGAUACUGCCAGCAGUGCAUGGUCCUCUUAGUCAACCUUGCAGCUCCACGUGCUUCACGCUGCCCACCAUGCCAACCUUACCUGAAGACAAGGGACAAGCAAAAGAGGCCCAGCACAACAGCUCUCCUCCAGCCAAAGACACAACUGUUGAAGGGACAACAUGCAGCACACCUUCUAUUGUUCUUCCAGAGAAUGCUGUCAUUCCAGAUGUAGAAAUUGAUAAAAAUCUGGUUAACAGGCCUCGGAGUCCCCAUAGGAGACAUUCCAACCGUGCCACCAGGAAUUCUACAAGUUCACUGACUUCUGUUGACAAUAGUGGUCAUGUGAUUGAUCUGGUGAAUGAUCCACUACCAGAUGUUAAAAUAUCAGAGGAAGACAAAAAGAAGAACCUUGAAUUGUUAGAAGAAGCAAAGAAAGUGAGUGAGAGGUUCCUAACACGCAGAGGCAGGAAGUCAAGAAGCAGCCUCUCAGAGUCACCCACAGGAUCUGAUGCAUGCACAGCCACUAGUAUUGAGUCAGUAUCUCCAGGGCAGAAUAACAGAAUUGUGAAAGAGGAUGACAGGCAAACUGCAGAGAAUGCUGCAAAAGGAUUAAUUGAUCGAAGGCAGAAUGAUCAAAGAAAGAUUUCUCAGGGAAGGUUGGUUCCUCGUUCUGCUGGCUUUGAAAACUGCAAAGAGAAGCUCUCAGACCAAAAGGAAAACUUUGAUCCAUGUAAACAUAUGGAUACUUUACCUAAAUUCUCCCCUUCAGCUGGUGAUGGUGGCAGAAUGUCUCUUAAUACUUGCAUGAAUGUUUGUGAAAAUGAACUUGGAAAAUCAUUCCUCAAGAAAGGGAAAGAAAGUGAUGUUCCUUUAAGAACCCAUCUACCAGGACCAGGAAUAGGAAAUAUGGACUCAAAGCUAAAAAUUCCUGUUCCAGAAAUGAGGGACCAUAAAGUUCCAUUUAAACCAGAAUUUAAACUGUGUGGACUGCGUCCCCCUCUAUUACGGGCUGUGUCAUGGGAUAGCUUGGAGCCUGGACAGAAAGAGAAAAACCCUUUAAAAUUACCUUCUGAGGAAGAUAAAAGCUUUCUUGGUAAUAAAUCCAGCAAUCAGUUAAAAGCAUUCAAAGACCUUCAAAUCCAAGUUCAGCCAGUUCGAAUGCAGAAGCUGACAAAGCUCAGAGAGGAGCAUAUUUUGAUGAGAAAUCAAAAUUUAGUUGGACUUAAACUUCCUGAACUUAGUGAAGCAGCGGAACAGGAAAAAGGCCCUUCACCUCUGCCUUCCCCCACUGAAGAGGAAGAGACAAAGAGCAGCUCUGAUGUCAUGCCCAGCAUUCCUGAUGUAUUGCUGCGAAAACUGAGAGUGCACAAAUCCCUUCCAGGAAGCUCCCCACCACUCACUGAAAAAGAAGUUGAGAAUGUAUUUGUACAACUCUCCUUGGCCUUUAGAAAUGAUAGUUAUACAUUGGAAUCUAGAAUUCAGCAGGCAGAGAGAGAGAGAAAUCUUACUGAAGAGAAUGCUGAGAAGGAACUGGAAAACUUUAAAGCAGCCAUUACGUCUUCAGCUCACCUGUGGCACCACUAUGAGCACAGGGAAGCCUACCAGAGGCUCCUGGAGGACAUCGCGGUGCUGCGGCGUUUGGCUGCCCGGCUCUCCAGCCGCGCCGAGAUGGUCGGAGCUGUUCGCCAGGAGAAGCGUAUGUCAAAGGCAACAGAAGUAAUGAUGCAGUAUGUGGAAAAUCUGAAAAGGACAUAUGAAAAGGAUCAUGCUGAACUAAUGGAGUUCAAGAAACUUGCCAAUCAGAAUUCUAGCAGAACCUAUGGUGCAUCUGAAGAUGGGGUUCCUCGUUCAUCUAGAUCCAUGUCUCUCACUGUUGGAAAGAAUAUGCCUCGAAGGAGAGUCAGUGUUGCUGUUGUUCCUAAAUUUAACUCCUUGAACAUUCCUGGUCAGUCACCAACAGCUUCACCUAUACCUACUAUGCCAUCCCUGUCUGAAUCACCCAGUAAUGGAAGGAGCAGCCUAACAUCUACUCCUGCUCUGCCAGCACUUCUAGAAAAUGGGAAGUCAAAUGGAGAACCUGACUGUGAAACCUCAACUCCUGUGCUGACACAGAGUGGGUUGGAAGAGAUCAGUCCUGAAACUAAAGCCAAGAUAGAAGAGGAAGCAUAUAACAAGGGAUAUCAGGAAGCCUUGAAGAAGGCCAAAGAACUUCAGGAACUGAAGGAAGACGAUGAAGAGACACCCAAACAAAGUCAUGAGGAACAUGAAGAAAGUGAAAAUGAAGAUGAGAUAAAAAACCUGAAAAGCAGCAGACUUGAAGUCAUCGUUAAUUAUUUAUAUAUCCUGUACCCCAAACUGUGCAAACACUGGAACGUGGUGUGGCUUGUGGUGGCUGCAAUAGUCAUUUUUGCUGUGGUGUUGGGAAUCUACCACUCCUACAACUCCUGUGAUGAAAAGUCAGAGGCAGCUGAAGGGAAGGCCAGCUGCUCUGCGGCCCAGCAGUAUUCCUGGUGGAGCUCAGGAUUCCGGCAGCAGCAACGCGCGGAAUAACAGAGGGACAGCCACGCCCUUGUGGUCCCUGAGCGAGUUUGUGUAGUAGAGCACUGUGUUGAAAGGUAGUGCUUAGUCAUCCCUGUGGCUGCUCCACUGAUGCCUUAGGCAAGUGAGUUACUCCACACCACCAGGGAUCCAUGGUGAGCAUUCCUUACUAAGAUGCCAAUCUGAUCAAUAAUCCUGUCUGUCCUCUUAUUGUCAAGGACUUGUAGAAAUAAAGUAGUGUUGAAUCAUGGUAAGGUUGUGGCAGUAAUCAGCAACCUGCAAGACAUUUAAAAGAAUCAUUUGCAUAGGACAUUGACAUUUUGAAGACCAUCAUAAAACCCACAUUUGCAGUUAAUGCUUUACUUUUCAUUUCCUGAAUUUACUGUUGAUUGUUGAAGUACUAAUUGCAUUUAGUCCUUUGGGUUUUAAGAGGCUAAUUCAUUUCCUUAUUCAUGACUAUUGGGCAGAAAUAGAAGCACUUCCAUGGAAGAAUAUAAUUAUAUUCUAAGACCAAAUGCCUUGCUGCUAAAGUCAUUUUAUAAGAGAAAUUAUCUAUAUGAUUAUUUAAAUGGAAUGCUAAGUACAUGCAUAAAUGCUUUUUAUGAUAUGUUUUAAGAAUGGGACCACCACUUUUUUUUAAAUGAGGUACUCAACAGAACCUAAAAUGGGGUCUCGGUGAAAUAGGUGACACAGCUGAUAUCAUCCAAUAAGUCUGGAAACUUCUGCUAUAUAAAAGUCUCCAAAAAUAAAUGUAUGCCACUCAGAGUCAGUACUGGUUACAGCCAAAAGUGGUAGCUGCCUGGAAGGGUCCAUGUGCUACCCAAGCCCAAAACACAACAGUCUUGGACAUGGGAAGCAAUCUUCAAUUCUUGAUUGAAAAUGAAAACAAAUAUCUUCAAACCUCUGUACAGAGGUGACUACAGCAAGUGGACUCUGCCCUCUUGCUAACACUGGAAUAGGCAUUCUUUGAGAUCUGCAGCAGGAGCAGAGCUCUGAGAUCAGCCAGAACCCAACCUGUGCCUGCAUGAAUCAGGCCAUGGUGGCAGUGAGGCCUUAGGAGAGCUCACUGCAUGUUUUCAGUAGUUCAUUUUCAGAAUCUGAUGCCAAGACCAAAACUGAUCUGAUACACUUCCAAAGCUGAGCUCAUCUUUUGCCCAGAUUUUUUGCCAGUUCUUCCUACUUGGGAGUUGUGAGUUCUUACACAGGAAUAUGAAAGCCUGAAUUUUUUGGACAAGUAAUUUGAAAAUGAUGAAGGCAUUACCUGUACAAAACCCAGCACUUAGGGCUGAGACCAAAAUGUGUGUCAGUGGAGGGGUGUCAUUUGUACCUGCUGAGCACCACUUCUGAGGGAAGGUGAACCGCCUUUGUCUCUCCAUAGCUAUGGCCACAAUGGCAAAUCCAGUGGGACCCUUGAUUGCACUCCUGUCCUGGAUCCUCCUGGCAUUUUCUGGUUGAGAAAUGGGUCUGUUUCCCAUCAGAAGGAUAAGAGUGUUAUGAAGUACUGUAAUUUCAGUUCUGAUACAGUCAAUAUUGUCCUGUCUUCUUUUGGUGGAAACACUGAACUUUAAGCUAACUGUCAAAGAAAAUAGGUUUCUAACUCAGUCAGAAAUUUAGUUCACAUACCUGGCACUAAUAACAAAUAUCCUGCUGGUGAAUUUUUGUUGGCCAUGUGUUUCUUAGAAGAUAUUUAUAUGGGAAAAGAAAAAAAAUUAAAAAAAAAAAAAGCAGACCACUACCACAUUUUUAGGGGGUGGGGAAGAGAGUCUAUAAGCAAUUAAAAGUUUGGGGUUUUUUUAUUUUAAAGUAUAUAUAUUGAGGAAUAGUGUGCUUAAGGAAGUUCAAAAAGGAUAACGGGGAAGUGUGAUUUGGUCUAAAAUUGCUAUUGGUAAAGAAUAAGGAGAAGGUUUCUUGCAAAUUACUUGGAAUCUGGUUUAGUUAGAAUUUCUGACUAUGAAGAACUACUGUGACCUUUCAUGUACUUUGAGUAUUUGAAGAAACUUGUCAGUUGUUUCUUGAAUACUGUACUAAAAUCAAUUUCUUUAACUUAUGAUUCUUUACAAAUAACAUUGGUAUCUUAAUAAGGCAAUAAAAUUGAAAGUAAUUUCUCCUAAAUAUUUAGAUUUUUCUAUGCCAAAAAUUAUGGCACAUAUUUAUGUGAUUGUGGAAAUGUUGGGCUGCCCUGAAGAAAAAUAAUUCAGUGCCUGUAAUUGAAUUAAUUUGUUUUUAUUUACUUCUGCACUGUUGUGAGUCCAACAACUUAUUUUAAAUACACAUGGAAAGUUGUUGAUAUCAACAGAACUCUCUAAUUGCUUACUGCUAAGCAUAUGAAAAGGUCUUUUUGGUCAGUGGGUGAAUGAGGUCUCCAUCCUCUCUUAAAAUUCAGCCCACUAGCUUUUUGUGGAAUCAGUGCAAAGGGACAAUUCCCAUAAGUAGUUGUAUUGAUUUGAGCUGAACUACUUGCAUGUCUGAGGUGAGUAUAAUUUAGCCACAAAUGAACUGAAAGAGGCAAGGGAUUUUAAUGGGGGUGAAAAAAUGAAGAUAAAGUUUACUUAAAAAAAAAGUUCUUUUUAUAACUACUUUGAGCAAACUGUCCACUAAAAAUAACAAACCACAAUGACUAACAGCACACUAAAUAGCUAUGCUUGUAUUUUUCAGUUAUUUAAUUAAACACCUUUUGUUUAAUAGGAAACUAGAUUAAACUCAAAAACUAUUCUAGCUAUAAUUUUAUCUGUUGGAUAUUAGUUUGCUUUAUCUGGAAAAAAAAGCCAAACAGCCUCUUCUGUGUUCAAAGAUCACAUCAGAUAACAAGAAACAGACCUAUUAUUUAUGCUAUUAACACUGAAAUAGUUUUCUUGAGGUGCAAUAUUUAUUUUUAUGCUUUAACAAGACACGUUUAUGGUUUCUCCUGCACAGCACAAAUGUUUCUAGCAAAAGGA